AUUUGAGUAAAGCUUUGGCCUACCAAUAUCAUCUCUCCCCUACUCCUUGCAAAACUUUUGAAAGAGACAGAGAGAAAAGAUGAUCAAGCUGAGAUCAAUGAGGUUUUCCAGAAGCAACAGCUCCAAGCUUGGCAGGUCCGGCAGCGAUGUCGGAGCGGCGGGAAAAGGGUGUGGAGGUGGUGAAAUCAAGUGGGAGAUGCGUCCUGGCGGCAUGCUUGUUCAGAAGAGAGAUGAGAGUGGUGGAGAUGGAUUUAUCAUAGUGAGAGUCUCAACUGUUUCUCAAUGGCAUGAUAUCACCCUACAACCAACUUCAACAUUUGGAGAACUGAAGAUGAUAUUGACAAUGGUGACUAAUUUGGAGCCAAGGGAGCAAAGGCUAUUGUUCAAGGGAAAGGAGAGAGAAGAUGGUGAAUACUUGCACAUGGUUGGGGUUAGAGACAAGGACAAGGUUCUUUUAUUGGAGGAUCCAGCCAUCAAGGAGAGAAAACUACUCAUGGGUUUGGCAAGAUCAGGUCGAGCCAUGGGGUCUCCUUUUAGAACCAUUAGUGUGUAAUAAUUUAGUUAAUGAUUGACUGUGUUCAAAUUAAUUUCAGCAUAAUGCACCUUCUCUCUGCUAAUUAACAACCCCAUUUAAAAGAAAGGGUUAGUUUUGUGGAGAAGAAGGGUGAGUAUUGAAGCACUUCGACAGAUUAUUAGGAGUUCUGUUUGUAAUUUUCUUCUUGUUUCGGGCAGGGUUAAUGUGAGCUGGGUGUCCUUGGAUGCUCUA